CACACACACUCAGCUGAAUAGCGGGACUGUUCUCUUUCCCAAGCGGAGUCUCAUAUCUGUGUCUGUGUUUCCCGGCUCUCCGCUCAUGUGGACGUUUCCUCUCUGUCUCUCCCUAUCGAACACUUGAUCCAGCAAUCCCAACCACGCGCGCACCACUAGACCAAAAAGUGGUCUACUAUUACAGAAGCAGUAGCGAUGGUCGGUUUUAGGACACUGUUCCCGGGACUGCUGCUGCUGCUCGCUGGGCUGCCGGCGGGAGAAGCACGGGGACGGGAGAGGGUGUAUUACGUGGGAAUCAAAGAGAUCAACUGGGACUACGCUCCGACUGGCAUGAACCUCAUCAACGGGAAACAAAUAGCGGACGAUGAGCAUGCGUCAUUGUUCCUCCAGAGUGGUCCCCAGCGUAUUGGCAGUGUGUAUAAGAAGGCUGUGUACAGGCAGUACACGGAUGCCUCCUACCUCAUCGAGGCCCCCCGGCCCGGCUGGCUGGGUUACCUGGGGCCUGUGCUGCGGGCAGAGGUUGAUGAUGUCAUCAUUGUGCACUUGAAGAACUUUGCCUCCAGAAACUACUCCAUGCACCCUCAUGGGGUCUUCUACGAGAAGGACUCAGAGGGUAGGACACACACACACACACACACACAACCUCUCCUCCUCUCCUCAUCCUCCUCUCCUCAUCCUCUCCUCUUCCUCUCCUCAGCCAUAAAUGGGUAUAUGUAUGGCAACCUGCUUGACAUGAAGCUGUGCCAGGGGCGCAGGGUUGCAUGGCACCUGUUUGGGAUGGGCAACGAGGUGGACAUACACUCCGCAUACUUCCAGGGCAACACCCUAUUGGACCGCGGUCACCGUGCCGACACACUCAGCCUGUUCCCGGCAACCUUCGUCACCGCGGCGAUGGUUCCCUUGGCGACCGGGAAAUGGCUGCUGAGCUGUCAGGUAAACGACCAUCUACAGGCCGGUAUGCAAGCUCUGUAUGAGGUGGUAUCCUGUGAUGAUGAUGUCAGCCCCUCAGCAGCCCCCCCUGCUGGCCCAGUCAGGAAGUACUACCUGGCAGCAGAGACCGUUACCUGGGACUAUGCUCCUACCGGGAUGGACACACACACCAACCUCUCCCUCACAUUGCCCGACAGUCCCUCUGAGGUGUUCUUCGGUAGUGGUGAUGGCAGGAUAGGCGGCAGCUAUAUGAAGGUGGUGUAUCGGGGCUACACAGACGACACCUUCACUACCAGACAACCUCUCUCCCCUGAAACACAACACCUGGGGAUACUGGGCCCGGUGCUGAGGGCUGAGGUAGGGGACAUCCUACAGGUGGUGUUUCUGAACAAGGCAGACAGGAACUACAGUAUCCAGCCUCACGGCCUCCACUUCGACAAACAAUACCAGGGAACCAGUUACCAAGACGGUGUAGAGAAGCCAGGCUCAGCUGUGUCUCCAGGCUCCAGGUUCACCUAUACCUGGCAGGUGUUGGAUGGUCCCUCCCUCUCUGACCCUCCCUGUUUGUCCUACCUGUACUACUCUGGCUCCUCCCCUGUGGAGGACACCAACGCUGGCCUCUCCGGACCACUACUGGUCUGUAGGCCUGGAGCACUGGGGGACCGCGGCAAGCAGAGGAACGUGGACAGGGAAUUGUUCCUGCUGUUCUCUGUAAUGGAUGAGAACCUGAGCUGGUACCUUCAGAGGAACAUAGAGACCUAUGGAUCGGACCAGUCAGACCCAGACAACCAAGACUUUCAGGAGAGCAACAAUAUGCACGCGGUGAAUGGCUUCAUGUACGGAAACCUUCCAGGCCUGGAAAUGUGUUCCGGGGACAGGGUUUUUUGGUACACCUUUGGGCUGGGUACGGAGGUGGAUAUCCAUGGGGUGUACUGGGAGGGGAACACCUUCCAGAGACACGGUACUACCAGAGAUACACUCAGCCUGUUCCCCCACACCACCGCUGCAGUCAGCAUGCUGCCACACACACCUGGUGUAUUUGAGGUGAGCUGCAGAGUGACUGACCACUAUAAUGGAGGGAUGAGACAGCAGUACUCUGUGAAGCCCUGCUCACCCGAGAGCAAAGUGAAACACACACACUCCCGUGCUUCGUCCGUGGUUCGCUACUACAUCAGCGCAGAGGAGGUGGAGUGGGACUACUCACCUAACCGGGCCUGGGAACUAGAGAAACAUCACGCUACAGAGGAGGACAGUCCAGGCAGUAUAUUCGUGGGCAGGGGAGAGAAUCGUAUUGGUCCACGCUAUAAGAAGGCGGUGUAUAGACAGUACACUGAUGACACCUUCAGGACACAGACGGAACUGCAACCUGAACAACUGCACCUCGGCAUUCUGGGUCCUAUCAUCAGGGUGGAGGUGGGAGAGGAGGUUCUGAUCACCUUUAAGAACAGAGCCAGCCGUCCGUACUCUAUACACGCUCACGGAGUGGUCACUACCGACACACACACACCUGUCCAGCCAGGUUACAUGACAGAGUUCAGAUGGGAGGUCCCAGAGAGCUCUGGUCCAGGAGUCUCUGAUCCUAACUGUAUCUCCUACGCAUACUACUCUACUGUUGACUUCGUCAAGGACGUGUUCAGCGGUCUCUUGGGUCCCCUGGUGGUCUGCAGACAGGGAGUACUGCAGCGUGGAGCUGAGGAGGGGACGAGGAAGAGGAGGGACGUGGAGAGGGAGUUUGCUCUGCUCUUCAUGGUGUUUGAUGAGAAUGAGUCCUGGUACCUGGAAGACAACAUCAGAACUUACCUCCACACUGACCCCAGUAACUUCACCGUGGACGACAACUUUAUAGAGAGCAACAAGAUGCACGGUAUAAAUGGUAAGCUGUAUGGAAACCUUCAUGGUCUGACCAUGUCUAAUGGCCAGACAGUGGACUGGUAUCUACUGGGGAUGGGCAACGAGGUCGACAUUCACACCGUCCACUUCCACGCUGAGACCUUCACUUAUAAAACAGACAGUGUGCACCGCGCGGAUGUGUUUGACCUGUUCCCGGGGACGUUUCAGACGGUCGAGAUGACUGCAGGGAACCCUGGGACAUGGCUGUUGCACUGCCACGUCGCCGACCACAUCCACGCUGGAAUGGAGACUACUUUCACCAUCACGGAGAAAGCAUCACAUGCACCUGGUAUUGGAGGUUCCAUCUCCACUCUGCUACUGCCACUAUUACUGACCGUUCUCCACUAGACUACUCCGUGUGUGUGUGUGUGUGUGUGUGUGUGUGUGUGUGUGUGUGUGUGUGUGUGUGUGUGUGUGUGUGUGUGUGUGUGUGUGCAUAAUGCAUUAUCAGUCAAUGUAAUCAGCUAUCAAACCAAUCAGUCCUACAAUAGAUAAAAUGAUGAUGAAUGACAGAUCCAUAUUACACAGCUUUACCAUCCAGUCAUCCCAUGUGACAGCUUUAUCAUAGAAUUAGGAAGUAGAAUCCUAGAAUGGACAUGAACCUUCUUAUGAUGGCAUAAAAGGUCAGCCAUGUUGGUCAGGGAGUUGAUCAACCGUGGUUUGCCAGUGCUGUUAUAAUUUGUAAAGCAAUGAAUUUGAAGAAUUUGCAUUGUAUACAGUGCAUUCGGAAAGUAUUCAGAACCCUUGACUUUUUCCACCAAAACAUUUUUACGUUACAGACUUGUUCUUAAGUUUAAAUGUUUUUUCCCC